CCGCGUGAGUCUGUGAAGAGAGGGCGGGCAACGCUGCGGCGCGCGCGAUCCGGCUGACGCAUCUGGUCCGGUUCCCCAGGACCCGGGAUGGGGGGGCUCGGAAGGGAGGGGGAAGAGGAGAAGUAGCUGAGGGCGCGCGUGCGCAGUGGCGCGGGGAGGAGCAGGGACCUGGCAGCGAGCGAGAAGGCUGCGAGCGAGCCGCGAACCGGGAGGGCGGCGGGCGCGCGCACCAUGGGGGAGAAACCCGGGACCAGGGUCUUCAAGAAGUCGAGCCCUAACUGCAAGCUCACCGUGUACUUGGGCAAGCGGGACUUUGUAGAUCACCUGGACAAAGUAGAUCCUGUAGAUGGCGUGGUGCUUGUGGACCCUGACUACUUGAAGGACCGCAAAGUGUUUGUGACCCUCACCUGCGCCUUCCGCUAUGGCCGUGAAGACCUGGAUGUGCUGGGCUUGUCCUUCCGCAAAGACCUGUUCAUCGCCACCUACCAGGCCUUCCCCCCAAUGCCCAACCCACCCCGGCCCCCCACCCGUCUGCAGGACCGGCUGCUGAGGAAGCUGGGCCAGCAUGCCCACCCCUUUUUUUUCACAAUACCCCAGAAUCUGCCCUGCUCUGUCACACUGCAGCCAGGACCAGAGGAUACAGGGAAGGCCUGCGGGGUAGACUUUGAGAUUCGAGCCUUCUGUGCCAAAUCACUAGAAGAGAAAAGCCACAAAAGGAACUCUGUGCGACUGGUGAUCCGAAAGGUGCAGUUUGCCCCAGAGAAGCCCGGCCCCCAGCCCUCUGCUGAAACCACACGCCACUUCCUCAUGUCUGACCGAUCCCUGCACCUGGAGGCGUCCCUGGACAAGGAGCUGUACUACCACGGGGAACCCCUCAGUGUCAAUGUCCAUGUCACCAACAACUCCACCAAGACCGUCAAGAAGAUCAAAGUCUCUGUGAGACAGUAUGCCGACAUCUGCCUCUUCAGCACCGCCCAGUACAAGUGUCCCGUGGCUCAGCUCGAACAAGAUGACCAGGUGUCUCCCAGUUCCACGUUCUGUAAGGUGUACACCAUAACCCCGCUGCUCAGCGACAACCGGGAAAAGCGCGGUCUUGCCCUGGAUGGCAAGCUCAAGCAUGAGGACACCAACCUGGCUUCCAGCACCAUCGUGAAGGAGGGUGCCAACAAGGAGGUGCUGGGAAUCCUGGUGUCCUACAGGGUCAAGGUGAAGCUGGUGGUGUCUCGAGGCGGGGAUGUCUCCGUGGAGCUGCCUUUUGUUCUUAUGCACCCCAAGCCCCAUGACCACAUCACCCACCCCAGACCCCAGUCAGCCGCUCCUGAAACAGAUGUCCCGGUGGACACCAACCUCAUUGAAUUUGAUACCAACUAUGCCACAGACGACGACAUUGUGUUUGAGGACUUUGCCCGGCUUCGGCUGAAGGGGAUGAAGGAUGAUGACUACGACGACCAAUUCUGCUAGGAAAGGGGGUUGGAAGAAGGGAGUGGAUGGGUGCUGGGAGAGGUAGGGGCAGGACCAAGGUCCCCACUGUUGUUGGGGGUGUCCCAGCCUCUCUUCCCUUCCCCUCCAUCUGGCAGCUUCCUCAACCAACCCCUUCGCUCCCUCUCCCCCCAUCCCCCCAAGAUACGCACUGGACCCAUCUCUUGUUGAAAGUGGGCAUUAAUAUUUUCACUACAGCUUUGCUUCCCCAACCCGCCAAUGGGUGGCAAGCUGUGUUCAUACCUAAAAUUUUUGGAGGGGGAUGCUAAAAAGAAGAGUGAUGGUAGGGAAAGCAGGGAGAAAGAACUCCCACAUUCAACCUCACACCAACAACCCCCUCCCAUCACUAUCUCUGCCUCCCAUUCUUUCAAGAUGAGACCCUCGAGUCAGGGGAGGCCAUUUCUUUGUUUCUGAGCAUAAAGAAGAAAAUAAAUGUUUUAAUAGGCAUGA